AUGAAGUUCCUCAAGCCUCUGGCGCUUCUCACCUCGGCGGGUAGCGUCUCCGCGUUCUGGCGCAUGGAAUGCCGCGGUCGUGUUGGCGUUGGUCGCAUCGAUCCAUUGAUCAGCCCCGGCGCUGCGUCUCUCCACUCGCACGCGAUCCAUGGUUCUUCUGGCUUCAAUGAGAAGGCCACCUACGAGGACCUCGUUAACGGCGAGUGCACCUCGUGUGCCGUCGUCCAGGACAAGUCGGCUUACUGGGCUCCCAACCUCUACUUCCGUCAUGCCAAUGGCACCUACCAGGAGGUCACUCAAGUCGGCGGCAUGCUUGCCUACUACUUCCUCUUCCCUGAUGCAAAGAAUCCCGAGGCUGGCGUCACUGCUUUUCCAAACAAUUUCCGCAUGAUCGCCGGUGAUGCUACUCGACGUAACUACUCAGUUGGCGGCAUGGGGCCCUAUGAGGCUGACCCCGAGAAGUCGCUCUGGAAGGCUCUUGGUCAGACCAACCAGCAUGAUCUCGCUCAACGUGCCAUUGGUUUCAACUGUCUCAACUACGCGAAGGCUCCCGAGGGCACUCUAUACCGUCACUAUCUUCCUCCUAAGGCUUAUCUGGAUGAGCACUGCGCUGAUGGCGUUCGAUUUGAGCUCAUGUUCCCCUCAUGCUGGAAUGGCAAGGACAUUACCUCUGCCAACUUCAAGGAUCACGUUGCCUACCCCGACCUGGUCAUGACCGGAACCUGCCCCGAUGGUUUCGAUGUCAAGCUUCCUGGCCUGAUGUACGAGACUAUCUGGGCUACCAAUGAGUUUGUUGGUGUUCCCGGCGAGUUUGUUAUUUCUCACGGUGACGUCCAGGGCUUCGGUUAUCAUGGCGACUUCAUCAGCGGCUGGGAUGAGAACUUCCUCCAGGCGGCCGUCAACCAGUGCACCAAUCUGAGCGGCAAGCUGUCCGACUGCCCAAUCUUCACCCUGCAGAGCGAGGACGAGCAGCGCGCUUGCAAGAUGAAGAUCCCCGAGAUUGUCAAGAACGAGAAGGUUACUGGUCUAAUUGGCGAGUCUCUUCCCGGCAAUAUCGUCAUCCAGUACGGCCCUGAGCCCGCCACAGCCGCUCGUCCCACCAAUACCGAGCCGAACUACGUGCCAGUCCCGACUGCCAGCUACUCCGCUGGAGUUACUGCCUCUGCAGAGUCUGACAUUCUGCCGGGCGGCGUGUUCAAGGAGAGACCUACCAGCACUGUCGAGGCCACUUUCAGCGUUGAGCCCACCACCACCAGCGCCAACAUUGGUGCCCUUGCUGAGCCAUCUCCCGAGCCUACUCCUGCACCCAUCCCGUCGGAUCCCCCGAUUCCCGAGGGAUACUCGCUCGUCCGCACCGACUACAUCACCAACGGCAACACUGUCAGCAAGAUUGUCGUUAUCGAGACGGUCGAGUACGUCAUGCUGGCCACCGAGACAGUCACCGUCACCGCCACUGCUACUCCUGGAAGCGAGAAGGUGUUACGGUGUUCUGCGGCCGUUCACGUCGGCGGCAUCGUGAAAAGACUCCAAGACUGGCGCGGCUUGCUGCUGCCGCUCUGGGGGGAGAGGAAGAUGGGAGAGAAGAGCGGAAAGCACCAGGGGAAGGUCUCGGCGCAGAUUGGGCUGACGUCUGCCGAGAAAAAGGGUGUAUCGCAAGUCAGGGUUGUUGAGCAGGAACAGCAGGUGGCUAGGGACCAAAAGCAGGAUACGGAGCAAAUCACUUCUACUUUGACCAAGCAUGCUAGCAAUUCCGGUCGUCCAGAAGGAGCUGCGCUCCUGCCAGCACCAGUCUCUCCUCGUGAUGGAACUGCUAGCGCAGCAGCCCCAGAUAUUGAGCUACACGAAGGUCAGAAGCAGACUCCAGCCUUUGACCACAGCAGCAAGCCCACACCAGCCGUCACAGUUCAGUACGUGGACGGUGAAGACACCGAAACAGGCGACGAAAACCUCCUCGCCGUCAACUCAGCUAUUUCCUCUCUCCGGUACAUGAACAGCGCUGUUAGCAGGAACUCCUCUUUACUAUUUAUUCCAGGCAGGAAUGCCACGCCCACUCUCAGUGGGGUUGCCGAUACCAUUGGGAAGGAUACCGCAGAGGAGGACAAACGACAGCACAGCUAG